CGUCUACCGGAAAUAGGAUGAUAUGAAUGAAUGAUUUAUCACUGAAUCGCGUGUAAAAGAUCGAACUUUUUAAAUCGCAAAAUUGCGUGUAGUUGUUAAAUAAUAAAAUAUUGGUAUUAAACACAAAAUAUUCGAUUAAUGCCUGGCGAAAUGCAUCAGAGAACUCUGCCUCUUUUUGUGCGAGGUGAGGUCGUGAAAGGAUUUGGUCGGGGGAGUAAAAGUUUGGGAAUACCAACAGGUGAAUGAGAUUUUAUUUUGAUACAAUCAUACACCUGUCCAUUUUAUAUAUUUGUAUAUGGCAAUAGAAUCUAUAUACAGGCCAUAUAGUUGUUUGAUUUCAAGAGCUUCCAUAUGUUAGAUCAUAUAUACUGUCAUAGAGAUUUAUUUUAUGAAGUGAGGAUUUUAAUACCUCAUUUAAAUUAUUAAUUCAAUGAGGCGGGCAAAAUAUUAAAGGUUUGGUCUGACACGACAGAAGAGUUGGAUUUUGGCUGAUAAGAUGAAUAUUUUGCCGUGUAUAGACUUGGAAUGGGAAACUCAAGAAAAAAUUCAAAUGAGUCAUUGCAUCAUAUAUGCACAAUUUAUUCACCUUCUGUCAUCAAGGAAACUAUAAUUGAUAUCACUUGCCAGCGCCCCCCCCCCCCCCCCCCCCGAACAGUGAAAUAGUCUGGCGUUAAUAGACAUUAGGGUGCAAUUCAACUUAAUGGGUAAAAUAAUUUUAAUUCAUUUGCAACGUAUAUUUUUAGAUAUGUUUUUUUAUAAAAAAUAUACUGUUACUUACGUGGCAUAUAAUGUUUUUUAGCAAACUACCCAGAAGAAGUUAUCAAUAGGUUACCAGAAGGUCUUGAUACUGGUGUAUAUUAUGGAUGGGCCAGUGUAGAUGGAACUAAAGUUUAUAAAAUGGUUUUAAGUGUCGGGUGGAAUCCAUUUUUUAAGAACACCAAGAAAUCAAUGGUAGGCUGGAUAUAUGAAGUGAUUGUAAUGGAGAUGUAGUUCUGAGUUUUUUUAUAUUCAAAUGUUAGCCAGUGCCGAACCCCAAGUUAAAUUGGUUUAGUUGUUUUCUUUGUAGGAGACACACAUUAUUCAUUCAUUCCCAGAAGACUUUUAUGGAACAGAACUUCGCGUGUGCAUAACUGGUUAUAUACGACAAGAAAGCACCUUCCCCUCAAUGGGUUGGUAAUUAUAACACAUAAAAUUGAACUACAUCAAAGAUGAUUCAAGCCUGUUCAGAGAAUGUGCACUUUGUUUACAUGAUAUUCAUAAAUUAUAAUGCACUGUAAUGAUGUAACAUCAUUCUGGUUUGCAUGUUAAAUUAACUCAGAAGAUGUCAAAACAAUGCAAAUUUGGGUAUUAUUUACACCAGGGUCCUUACAUAGCACAUGUGCAGAAUGGGCUUGAACUCAUCUUUAAAAAUUGAGUUUUGUUUUCAUUUUACGCUGCCUAACGCUAGAUGAUUUUAGCCCUUUAAGCGGAGAGUGUUAAUUGGGCAGUAAUCCACAGUUUUUCAUCUCUUUUUUAUUAGAAUCCCUAAUCGAAGCAAUCCAAAGUGACAUCAGGAUAGCACAAGAAGAACUGGAUAAGGCUGAACAUCAAACAUAUAACUCUCAUUCGUUUUUAACAGAUAAGUCCUUGACUCGUAAGAGUGAAGUCGUUUUAGGAUAAUUCAUUAAUGUAGUUAAAAAUAACAAAUUGAAUAUAAUGCAGUUGUAGAUGACAGAGGGGUUUACAAUAUGGUGUGGGAUAAUAUGUUAAUAGUUUGGAAAGUUGUAUGUUUGGUCAAGUUUGCCCAGAUGGAUGGUUGCUGUCAACUGUUGAAUGAUAUGGUCUUGGAAUCUAACAUCUCAAUUUUAUGGACAGUAAAAGUUCUAAACACAGAAACGUUUAUGGUGCACUAUAAUUGUUAUUUAUAAAAGUCCUAUUUUAUUUAAUUUUUGUACAGUUUCUACAAUACUACGUCAAUGCUCAGGUUUCAUAUGACAUCACGUGGGGGUCAAGGGUCUUGUGUCAAGGGUAAAGGACGGCUUUUAUAUUGUUUUAUAGUGGCUUUUAUAAUAGUCGGAGAACUGAUUUACAUAAGAUGUGUUGACAGCCAUUUUGUUUUUUUUGUAAACAGUUUUAGUUGACAUCAGUUCAAUGGUUGACCCCCACCUGAGUCAAAUUAUGCUAAAAUAUCAAAUGAUGGGUGGGGGUGGGGGGGGGGGUGAAGGUGCUUAUAAUAAAAGGACCAUUGAAUGUAUUAUUCAGAUAUCUAUUAUGAAC